AACCUCUUCUGAGUCGAGGUGCUGAUUAUGUCGAGAAGACACCUUUCUAUGUGUCAUGGGCCAAGUGGAUUCUCAAGUUCAUCAUGUGGGACAUUUUCAUUGCAUGGGUUGCUCUUAUUUUCCUGUUUCCCGCACAAUUUGUUAAUCAAUUGUUCGAGAAAUGGAUACAAACCACAAGGGGUACUGUUUUUGGAAUUACAGGAAGCAUAUUCAUGUUGUUCAGCGGUCCAAUUCUUGUUAUUGCCUUCCUUGCCAUAGUUUAUCUUAUCAUUACUGCGAAAGAGGAGCUUCCCGAGAAGAAGGCUGCAAAAAAUCCAAGUUUCCGCUUGUGGACUUUCCCUGUUCUUGUUGAUGGGCCAUUUGGAGUUGUUUCUGCUACCGAGUUUAUUGGGAUUCUCCUCUUUGUCGCGUACGUUAUCUGGGCUGUAUAUGCAUAUACGAUGCAGAUACUCAUCUCUGUAUCUCAGUUCCCAUUUACUUUUGAACAGAAGAGUUGUUUUAUUUUGGAAUUUCUGGGACUUCGCUUUGGUUCGAUUGGAUUGUAUUGCAUCGCCUUUUUGUUUCUUCCAAUUGCAAGGGGAUCGGUUCUUCUCCGCCUUAUAGAUAUCCCUUUUGAGCACGCGACAAGAUAUCAUGUAUGGCUUGGACAUCUUACGAUGCUGCUCUUUACUCUACAUGGACUAUUCUAUGUAAUUGCGUGGGCAAUUGAGGGCCACCUCCUACAAGAAAUAUUGGAGUGGAAAGAUAUUGGUGUUGCCAAUCUUGCAGGAGUUAUUAGUCUUUUAGCUGGUCUAAUGAUGUGGGUGACGUCACUUCAUCCAGUGAGAAAGAACAAGUUUGAGUUGUUCUUCUACACCCACCAACUAUACAUCGUGUUUGUUAUCUUUUUAGCUCUGCAUGUUGGUGAUUUCAUUUUCAGCAUAUCUGCUGGAGGAAUAUUUCUGUUUAUACUUGAUCGUUUUCUGAGAUUCUGCCAGUCACGGAAGACUGUUGAUAUAAUUUCAGCCAAGUGCCUUCCGUGUGGAACAGUGGAAUUGGUCCUUUCAAAACCUGCAAGUCUGCGGUACAAUGCCCUCAGUUUUAUUUUCCUGCAAGUUCGGGAAUUAUCUUGGCUGCAGUGGCAUCCUUACAGUGUUUCAUCUAGUCCUCUGGAUGGUAAAUAUCAUCUUUCCAUUCUCAUAAAAGUUCUUGGGGAUUGGACCGCAAAGCUCAAAGGGAAUAUCUUAAAUAGUUCCAAUGCUGAGCUGCAGAAUGAGGAAGACAAGGAUGAUCUCCAGCCUCUAACACUGAUGACAGCUUCAGUAGAGGGGCCUUAUGGGCAUGAAGUACCUUAUCACUUGAUGUAUGAAAACCUUAUUUUGGUAGCAGGUGGCAUUGGGAUUUCACCAUUUCUGGCUGUCUUGAGUGAUAUUCUCCAUAGUUUAAGGGAAGGAAAACGCUGCCUACUUCAGAACAUCUUGAUUGUUUGGGCUGUGAAAAGAUCGAACGAGCUUUCUCUUGUUUCUACCAUUGACAUGGAGUCGAUCUGUCCAUCGUUCUCAAAUAGACUAAAUCUUGAGAUUAACAUAUACGUCACUCGAGAGUCAGAACCUCCUCUGGAAGAGGGUGAAGUUAACAAGGCUAUGAACACACCUCUCUGCUCUGCGUCAGAUAGAUGCAGCAUGUCUGUUUUGGUUGGUACAGGAAAUAGUAUAUGGUCUGGACUAUAUGUUAUUUCAUCUACAAUAGGAUUAGUUAUCUUAAUGGGUUUAGUGGAUAUAUUCUACAUAAACCCUUUUAACAUAUCUUCAUGGUGGUACAAAGGGCUUCUUUUCAUCAUUUGCAUGCUUGCAAGUGUCUUUGUCGUUGGGGGUCUUGUGGUAGGUUUAUGGCAUCUUUGGGAAAGGAAAAAUGCAAGCAGGGAGGAAGGGGAGGAUGAUAGGCUAAAGGUUGGCAAAAUGCAGCAUAAUUCAAAUGUAGCUCACAAGGAUUCAAGUCAGAACACUCUAGCGAGUUCAGCCCAAACUUACUAUGGUUCAAGACCAGACUUCAAAGAGAUUUUUGAGAAUAUAUCCGAGAAAUGGGGUCGCGUUGAUGUCGGUGUCAUUGUGUGUGGUCCUCCAACUCUUCAGUCAAGUGUUGCUAAAGAAAUUAGGUCACACAGUCUUGGGAGACAACGAAAUCAUCCAAUCUUCCAUUUCAACAGCCAUAGUUUUGAUCUGUAGUCACCACCUUCAUUUAUCUUCUCCUUGGUGUAAUCAAUUAGCUUUGAAGACCCAAAUAUGCCAAGUUGAGACGUGUGUAUAUAUAUAUAUAUAUAUAUAUAUGAAUGUAUAUAUGUAUAUAUGAAGUAUGUUUAUGUGCAUAAAUACUUUAAUGUAUUAAAACGAAUGAAUGCAUAUAUGUAUGAUUAUGUUCUUGUUGAUAA